AUGUCACAAAAGCCGGAUGUCCUCGUUGCGGUUGACUUUGGCACAACCUUUACAGGUGUGGCCUGGAUGAUACCCAAAAAGCCAAUUCAGGUUAUCAGCGACUGGCCCGGCAGCGGUGAUCGAGGCGAGAAAAAGGUGCCGACCGUCCUUACAUAUAACGCCGAUGGUAGCAUAUCAAAAUGGGGGUUUAUGUGUGACGAUGAAGAAGAGAGAAUGCCGGGAAAGGUGCGGCGCGAACUCUUCAAGAUCUUGAUCGAGAAGGAUGUGCUAGAAGCAUGGCAACAACAGGGCAUUCCUAACGCGCCACGGAAUAUCGCCGAAGCGCUGAAGCUUGUUACGGACUACUUACAAGAAGUCUACAUGCACGUCAAGCAAUCCAUCGAAACAGCCCUCGGUAAACGUCACACCGGUGGUUGGAAAGACAUGGCCGUAUCCUUCCUCUUCAGUGUGCCUACGACCUGGACGAGAAUGGAGACGAUCAACUUUUUCAAAAAGACCGUCCGCGACGCUGGCUUCGGCACAGAAGGACGACGGCAUUCGGCUGAGGUUGACUUGACUGAAGCCGAAGGAGCAGCGAUCUGUGCUCUGAAGAUGUGCCCAGUGGACUUCACCGUUGGGAGCCUCUUCCUCAGCGUCGAUGCAGGAGGAGGUACGACGGACCUUGCUACUAUGCAAAUCACCUCGACAGAUGGCGUAUACCCCCAAAUGUCACAGCUCUCACAGGUCCUGGGCGUCGGUAUCGGGGCGUCACUCAUCGACGUCGCAUUUAUCAAUCUCGUCAACCAACGCCUGGCCGCGUGUCCCGAUGCUCACACUGAACUACCUAAUGAUUUUGCCAAACGAAUAGCAAGAAGCCCGUACUUUAAGACAAUGAAGCACAAGUUUGGGGAGGCCGUCUAUAUGCUCCCGAUCUUCAAGUUGACUCUAGAUGGCGUAUCGCAUGAUUACAACCACGCUGGACUUGGUAUAGUAGACGGGAAAAUGCAUUUUCCUAAGCAUGAGAUUCAAGGAAUCUUCGACGUCCAGAUAGAGGGAAUUCUACGGUGUAUCAAUGAGCAGCUCGACAGUCUAUCAGGUCGACAGCCGCAGCAAAAGAUUAAAUUCAUGGUACUUUCCGGGGGAUUAAGUGCCUCGGCGUACGUGCGGGAUCGCCUACAGCGCGAGUUCCGCAACUAUUCGCACCAGAAUGCGAAUCAAGUCGCGGUGAUUACCUGUCCGGAGCCACAACUCGUAGUCUGCCGCGGCUUGCUGCUCGAUCGUCAACAGAAGAUGGAGACGGGGUCCAUUUCUGUCCUUGCUUCUCGUGUUGCUCGAGCUAGUUACGGCGUGAUAGUCAAACAAGCGUACUCGCCCCAGCAUCACUUCAACGAGGACAUCAAAAACGAUUCUUUUGACCCAAAUAAGAAGUGGGCAAUGAACCAGAUACAGUGGCUUAUACGUAAAGGGGACUCGAUCAACCCCAACGAGUCGGUGGUACACUCGUUCGCUAUUUCACUGGCACAGGGCGACACACAGAGAUCAUGGGACGCAAAUAUUGUUAUUUCCCAUAAUGAGCCAUCGUUUUUGCCCAGGAGUAUGAAACAUGCUGGCGCAAUCAAGCUAUGUGAUGUUAGAAGCAAUCUCACGGGUAUCCAGCAGCAGCAACUGGUGAUGAAACACAAACGAGGAACCUGUUUUUCAAAAGGGCACACCUACUACAUCUUGAACUUUGAUGUCAAGGUAAUUAUUGCACCUGCUGAUAUCCGUUUUGAAUUAUGGUUUGGCGGCCAGAAGUUUUCUGGAAACCACAAGCCCAUCGCGGUGACUUGGGAUCAGGAGGGAGUGAAGUCGCCUAUGCGUUAG